GUGGAAGGACUCGAGCAGGCAGGCACGAGCACCAGAGCACCUGUUUGGAAGCAGAGAGAGGACUGGCGUACGAAUUCCAACACAAAAAGCUCUGGUUAAUGGCAUUCAUGAUUUCAGCACUGCAGAUGCAGGUCCAGAGUGGCUUGGCCAAAGUGGACUGAGUUUGUGGACGAUCUUUCAGACUUCAGAGCCUUGAGACACCAGUGGUUGAGUGCUGCUGUAACUUACACAAGCUCAGGGAUGUCCGCUUGGCUGGGGGAUGGAGUUGUUCUGGAGGGGGAGGGCAGCGGUGUGUCCACCCCGCCUGCCACCCGUAGCCCCCGUCUGAGGGGGGGUCGAGGACGCAGCCUCAGCACCAGCAGCAACAACAACAGCAGUAGCAGAAUCAGCAGCCCUAAAAGCCAAGGUGGAGGAGGAGGAUGGCGAGGAGGAGGAGGAGGAAGCGGCAUGGUGUUCCCUGGAACAAGCAGCCAUGACGCCUCGUUCCCUGGCAGGCAACAGGAGAGCAUGGACAAGGCCAGGGAACUGUUUGAGCAAUGUGACAAAGAGGGCAAGGGGUUCAUUACAAAGAGAGACAUGCAGAGGUUACAGGGAGAGUUGCCCUUGUCUCCUGAGCAGCUUGAGGACGUAUUUGACAGUCUGGACCGGGACAGCAAUGGUUUCCUCACACCCGUGGAGUUCCACGCAGGACUAGGGGAGCUGAUGGGCGAGCAGGGCCAGGAGAGGCACGUAGAGUCGGCCAUCGAGGAGUCCGAGAGGACUGUGCACCCAGAGGACCUGAAGCUCACCCACCUCGUGUCAGAGCUGUGCGCAGACAAGCUCUUCACAGACAGUCAGUGGGAGCUGAGUUCCCUGUGGGGGGAGCUGCGUCGGGAGAGACCAGAGCUGCUGGGCAUGCUGAGGGAGGUGCUGUCCCAGGCAGCCACACACCUGCACGACGCCCUCACCGAGAGGGACAACCUGGAGCAGGCACUGCGCAGGAGGGAGCACGAUCACCAUUGUGAGGUGCGGUCCAUCUAUGAAGACAUGGAGAGCCAGAUCAAAGAGGAGCGGGAAAAACGCAUAGCUCAGGACAGUAUGAGGCCUGUGGACAGGAGUGAACAGCUGCAGGAAGAACUGACUAUGCGAGAACAGGAGCUGGAGUUCACACUCACUAAACAAAGAGAGCUAGAGAGCAGGAUCAGCAGUUUGCGUGCCACGCAGGCCGCCACGCAGGAGCAUAACCAGCGUCUGCAGGAUAUGAACGUGCAGCUGAUGGAGCAGCUGGAGGGCAGCCGGGAGCAGCUGCAGACCGCCCUGAACCAGAUGCAGCUACUGCAGACCAGUGUGCAGCAGCAGGCCGAGGGCCGCGAGAGAACGGUGCUGAAGGUGUCCAGGAACAUGCAGAGGGAGAAGGAGAGCCUGACCAGACAGCUGGACCUGCUCAGGGAUAUGAACAAGAGGCUGCGAGACGAGAAGGAUGCCCAUCAGCCUCAGAAGAGGGUUAGUUGUGAGCGUUCCUUCCUGCCUCCCUUCCCCUUCCCACAAUACACCUGUGGCCAGGCCGCCUCGUCGUGGCAAUGCUCUUCCAUCCAUCCCUUCUGACAGUAGUGGAUCUGGUACCGAGACAGGUGCCUGUUGAGAAGUCUGGUGCGUCACGGGAGAGGACUAAGUUAAAUGUGAGAAGGAAAGUCACCAAAGCAUCUUCUGAUGUGGAAGAUUGAUUUGUACUUUAGUCUACUACGUUAGUCUACUGGCACUGCUCUAAAAAAAAAUCCACUGGUGCCUGUUGUUUUGAUGAAGACUGGUGACAAGAAUGUGAUUUUGGCCAGUAGACAGCCUUUUGUCAUCAAAAAGGAACAGGAUCUUUUUUACAUAUAAUUUCAGCUCACCUGGAAGCUCUUUCAUGUACAUACAAACCGUUAUGACACAUCAAAAAUCUCUGAAGUGUCUUUUUGCGUAGAACAAUGUGUUUUGAGUGUACUGUACAAACGGAAAGUAAUUAGACUCCAAGUACUGUAUUUGAGUAUUACGUUGUGCAUUGUGUGAUUGUAGUUGACUAUAUGUUGGAUAGUUCUCAAUGAGCCUGUGAUUUACUGUACACUUCCAUCUGAGCACAAGUGCAACAUUUUGACCAGAGCGUAGGUAUGUUUAAGAAAUGUUGAUGCAUACAUACACACAACCAUGUAUACUUACUGUAUUUCCGAAUAGAGACUGUUACAGUUGCUUCCUUUCAUAUGACUACUGAUGGUGUAGUGUUGAAAUCAUCAAACGAAAAAAUGGGUUGCCAUUUUCACAUGGCUACCGAGUUUGGUACCACUUCAUUUUAGGGCUCAUUUGUCACCAAUACAUGCGUACGUAACUGUCCGUGGAAGUUAUUUAUUACAGUUGUUAAGCAAAAUCUAUCAUUUGUUAGGUGUUCUUGUUCUUGUUCCUUGCAAUAAGGCCUUUAUUAUCAUUUGAUAUCACCAUAAUAAGAACCUAGCACGCUCUUGAUUUUGUUGAACACAUAAACACAAGUCACCUAUACAGACAGUGGAUAGGCAUGUAUUAGUGGCUAUCGUGAACCCUUAACUAAAGUGUUACCCAGAAUUUUCUAGUGUUUGUCUGUUUGUAGUAUUGAUAUCUGCUCAGCGAAGGAUCUUCUCCCACAGCUGUGGUUCUCCCAAUUUUUCUACCUCUGUAUAAGUGAGUCCACACAUAUAAUGAACAUGUGGAAGGCAUUUCUGUAAACUGUACAAGAAAUCUGUAAAAAGUCUUUAAAUUAUGUCUAUCUAAAUUAUGAUUUGUGUAAAGUUAGUAAUUUAUUAAAUGGUUCGGUAUCAAAGGGUGUGAACAAAUGUAUAUUUUGUGUCCAAAACACAUAAAAACAAAAUUUCUGUA